AUGACUGACAAUUACGUCAGGCCAUCCAAAAGGCCAGGUUAUGGCACUCUGGGUCGUCCAAUCAACCUUUAUGCAAAUUACUUUCAGUUGAACUUCCAGCCUAAUCUCCAAUUACACCGAUAUGAAGUGCGCGUUUCACGAUCAGAUCCUGAUGCGGUCGUGAUUUUGAGCAGACAAUUAGUGACCCAGGUGAUCCUCCAGCUUCUCAAGACGGAGCUUGUGCAGUUCCAGGAGAGCAUCGCCUCCGAUGGCUACCAGAACCUCAUCUCAAGUCGCAGUUUACCCUGCUGUGACGGUCCCUAUAAUGUGGUAUAUCAGCAUGAUAGCUAUCAAGUCAUUCUACUACCAGCUGGAAUUCUUCAGUUUCCCCAAAUCUAUCAAGGGCUCAAGGGUGAUAUAAGGGACCAAGGGCCGCCGCUGACCGAAGCACAUAUCCAUGCGUUGAAUAUCAUUCUGGGACACCAACCCAAAUUCUCACCACACAUCAGAUCUGCCGGUACGGGAACUUAUCUCAACCUCGACUCGCGGAUGAGCCUGGGUGCAGGGCUACAUAUUCUCCGGGGACUAUUCAUCGUCGCUCGUGAAGCGCAGGGCCGGCUGUUUGUCAAUGCAGCACCAAAAAUUGCAAUCUGCUAUGAUGACUGCCCGCUCGACAAGAUUAUCCUGAUGCACAUGCGCCAAAACGGACCAGACAUGAAUAAAGUUGUUGCACUGCUUCGGAAUCUCCGCGUCCAGCUUACGCACCUGGGUAUGCGCAAACGUGCUGGAAAAUUCGCGCCGCGGCUCAAGACAGUAAUAGGUUUGGCAGCACCAGGAGAUGGUUACAGUCUGGUAUAUCCCCCUAAGGUGCCAUGCCUCGGGGCAGGAGCUAAGGAAGUCCAAUUCUUCCGUGAAUCACGCUCACAAGGCCAUGAGCUUGGGGACGUAGCGGUUUUGGGAAGUCGAAAAAGAAAGCGGCCUACGCCUGAAGGGUAUAUCACUAUUUUCGAGUACUUUCGGUCAGUCUAUAAUAUUACUGUGAGCGAUCCAUGGCUUCCCGUUGUCAACGUUGGGACCCCCUCGAAUCCUUCCUACUUGCCUGCUCAAGUCUGUCGGGUACUUCCUGGUCAGUCUGUGGCUGCAUUUAUAGCCGCCUCUCAGUCUCGUCAAGGCGCCCGUAUCGAUACAUCUCGUCGUGGGACCAGAAGCACUGCGGUUUCUCAGAUCACCUCGAUAGAGACAGAGCUCUCAGAUAUCUUAGGCAUGGCUCACCCCGAUAGAGGAGCGGACUUGACUUCAUUCGGAAUCACUGUUGCACCGAGCAUGGCGAGAGUGUCCGGUCGCGUUUUGGACUCCCCUGCUUUAGAAUAUCGACAGGGACAGCGAGCCUCUGUGCGCGCAGGAGGCUGGAAUCUACGUGGAAUGAAAUUCGCCGGGAGCACGUCAGUCUCCCAGUGGACCUAUUUAUGGCUUUCGACGCCCGGUCGCUCCCAUGGUAUAGGUCCAGAAAAAGCUCUCAUGGAAGUCGCUAUACGGAAGUUCCGCACACAUCUGAAGUCACUCGGCCUCAAUAUUCCUGAGCCUAGUUGGCCGGGUAUCUAUGUUAGCGUGACUGAUAGUGCUUUACGACGCGAAAGUGAUGCCGACAAGCUAGCCCAUGCUCUCGCGGCCAUAGUCGAGUCAUCAAUGUCAUUCCUACUGAUUAUUCUUCCACAAGCUGCAGAAGGUCUUUACAGCAGAAUCAAGUUUCUUUGCGAUGUUCAAUUUGGUAUACGGAACGUAUGCGUGGUGGCGGACAAGUUCCUUCGAUCCAAUGAACAAUUCCUGUCGAAUGUUGCUCUGAAGCUCAACUUGAAGCUUGGAGGGAUUAACCAGAAGUUGUUUGCUCGGAGCCUUGACAUAAUAAGUGACGGUAAAACUAUGGUAGUUGGGGUUGAUGUAACGCAUCCAAAUUCAGGGAAUCUUCCAGCACGGGCUCCCAGCGUGGCCGCCAUGGUAGCCUCUGUGGAUCGUUACUUGGCGCAAUGGCCAGCAGAGAUAUGCACUCAACCCGCCCGUCAAGAGCUGGUCACGCAGCUUGGUGUACUUCUCACCUCGAGACUAAAUGCAUGGCAGAGGCGGAACCAUGGAAAGCUCCCUGAAAAUAUCCUGCUAUACCGCGAUGGAGUUUCAGAUACACAAUAUGGGAGUGUCCUCAGCGUGGAGCUCCCUCAGCUACGCAAAGCAUGCAGAGACUUAUACGGUAGUUUGAGUCUUAAUGAGCCUCGAAUCACCAUUGUCAUUGUGGGGAAACGACACCACACCCGAUUUUUCACGCCCACGAGGACAGGUCAGCGCAAUGGCCGGUCAUUUCAAGACACCAAUCCCCCCAACGGCACCAUCGUUGAUCACGGUCCAGCCAUUAGCAGUAGGGUCUGGGACUUUUAUUUACAAUCUCAUACUGCCAGCCGAGGAACCGCUCGCCCUGCACACUACGUGGUGCUCCUCGAUGAAAUUUUUCAGUCCUAUCCCAACGAUCUGCAGGCUAGAGGCUCUCCUAAUCCGGCUAAUGCCAUCCAAGCCUUGACCCACAAUAUAUGCUACGUCUCUGGUCGCGCAACAAGGGCAUCCAGCAUCUGUCCACCUGUGUUUUAUGCCGAUCUUGCGUGCUUCCGAGCGCGCUUCUAUGUGGAGGAGCUGCUUCGUCGAUCCUCCGGAGACGCUGGGUACGUGUUUUCUCCGGAUCAGCUGCAACUAACUUUGCAUGAGAAUGUGAAGGAUACCAUGUUCUAUAUUUGA